AUGAUGACGAUACAUCGGAACGACGAUGAGCUCGAAAUGAACUGGACGGCAAUGGCCGUUGAUGUCUCGGAUAAAGAGACUGCCUUUUCUGCCAACAGCGAGGAUGAUUUCGAGGAGGAAGUUGAAUUAGAAUUGGCCUCUGGAGUCAAACGCAGUCGUGAGACGGAUGUCAAAAUGGACACUGAGGAUGACAAUUUUGUCAAAAAAGAAAAGAUUGUAAAGGGUCCAGUUUCCAAUGGCAAGGGACUGCAUCGGAUGAAAGUGUCGGAGCAUUUCAAAAUUGUAAACGACAUGUACAUGAAGCAUCGAGGUGGACUAAUGACGUCACUGGAGUUAGCAGACGGACUAAAUGAAUCGCAUUUUUUGGUACCGGCAGGUUUAGGCAAACACAAACUUGAGCUGCUGCCAUCGUACAUUCACCAUUUGCUUCCUACGUACAAGAGAGAUUUUUUGGGCAAGGGUAUGCGUCGCGAUAAAAGUCCGGUCUUCCUUAUCCUUUGUUCAUCUGCGCUACGCUGUGUCGAGCUAAUCAAACACUUGACGUCAUUCAAGUGUCGUGUCGCAAAACUCUUUGGCAAGCAUCUAAAGGCAGACAAACAAGCGAAACAGCUCACAGAUAACUAUUUUCCGAUCGCUGUGGGCACACCUGCUCGUGUCAAAAAGCUGAUGGAGAUGGGGGCAUUAUCGAUGAAGUUUACAAAACGUUUGAUCUUCGACAUGGAAAAGGACAAGAAACAGCUUACUCUUUUGGACUUGAAAGACACAGCCACUGAGAUGAUGGACCUCCUUCAGUUUCAAUUUCUUCCACAGCUUAACAAGGAAGACAGUGACAUGAAGAUCGUGUUAUUCUAA